AUGGACCAUUACGAGCAAAGUUCUUCUGAUGAUGAUUGGGAAUAUGGCAAUCAGCAAAUAACCAUUGUCGGCGAAACUUCGACCACAUCAUACAAGUUCCGUACAAAACGCCGCCGUGGGUCUGGAUAUGACCCUGAUCUGCUUGACAGAUCCGAAUGGCCUUAUGCUACGGCCACUUAUGAUGGAUGUCCGCCGAAACGGUUGAAGAUAUACAGGUGUAGAAGGGGUGAGAACGGAGAGGAAAUCAGGGAAGAAAUCGUGAACCGACCGUCGACGAGUCAAUCCGCGUGGAGUGCUGGUAACGGCGAACAGGCGUCUAGUGAACCGGUUGUAGAGGACGGCGAACAGGCGUCUAGUGAACCGGUUGCAGAGGAUGACGAAGAGAUGUCAUCCAAUGAGCCGGAUGUAGAGGACGGCGAAGAGGCGUCUAGUGAACCGGUUGCAGAGGACGGCGAUGGCGCGUCCGAUGAACCGGUUGUUGAGGACGGCGAUGACGCGUCCGAUGAGUCGGUUGCAGAGGACGGCGAGUGCGCGUCCGAUGAGCCGGAUGUAGAGGACGGCGAUGACGCGUCCUAUGAGCCGGAUGUAGAGGACGGCGAAGAGACGUCCGAUGAGUCGGUUGCAGAGGACGGAGAUGACGCGUCCUAUGAGCCGGAUGUAGAGGACGGCGAAGAGACGUCCGAUGAGUCGGUUGCAGAGGACGCCGAAGACGCGUCCUAUGAGCCGGAUGUAGAGGACGGCGAAGAGACGUCUAGUGAGUCGGUUGCAGAGGACGGCGAUUGCGCGUCCGAUGAGCCGGUUGCAGAAACAACUUCUGAAUACGGUGCCGAAAUUAUUGAGCACGGUACCGAUCGCCGUGAAAAAACUUCGACUAGAAAAAAAAAAUUAGUCGCUCCCGCCAAACGCCGCCGUCGCAAAGCCGCUAAAAGGGCCAAGCGUACUGAAGCGUCCAAAACUUUUGGUCAGAUUGUUUCUCUGGUGAGACGGAUGAGGAAGGAAAAAGAAGAUGACGUUAUACGAGCCAUCAUGGAGAAAAUAAAAGAGAAGCGCAAACCUAUGCCGCCUCCGUCGUACGAGAGAGUGUUGGAUAUCGCCGCUGAGUAUCAACGGCAGAGGGACGCACGGCCGCAAAAAAGUCGUUACCGUUAA